CUUUGCCACUCUGUACCUGUUUCUGUUCACUGCUUACAGCUUACACUUUGGGCUCAGGUCAGAUACCCUUUCUCAACCUUUUUCAGUCCAUCCACCUGGCCGCUUCCUUUCUUCUCGCAGCCAUGAGGACCACUGUGAUCGCUGUUGUCAUGGUGAUGUUGUGUGGGAUGAUGGUGCAAGCAGAUGUGAAACCCCAGAGAGAUUUCAACCUGCAGAGGUUUGCAGGUAAAUGGUACCGGGUAGGCCUGGCCUAUGAAUCGGCCAGUUUUAUCCCCUACAGAGACAAACUGAAGGCCUCCAUGGGCAUCGUCACAGCACUGCCAAAUGGCAACGUUAACCUCACGAUGUGGGAUGCCACACCUUUCGGUUGCCAGGUUAAGGUGUACCAGUAUGAGAAGACCAAUGUACCCGGGCAGUUUACCUACUUCAGCACACGCCAUAACAUGGUGAAGGACAUCACAGUGGUCGAGACAAACUACACUGACUACGCUUUGGUUCUCAAACACAAGGUUUUUAACAGCGAGUACACACAGGUGGCGCUUUACGGUCGCUCUCAAACCCUCAGAAUUAAUGUAAUUCAGAAGUUUAAAGCGUUUGCCUUGUCCCGGGGUUUCUCCAGAGAAGCUAUUCUGACUCCACCUCCUGCAGAAAAUUGCCCAGCAUCAGCAUCAGGAUCUGGACGUUAAGUUCCUUAAAGUACCUGAGAUGAUGAUACCGGGAUAUUUUUGAUGAGCUCUUUCUCUGCUCCACUUUCACUCUCUGCAUUUACUAAGACGACCUACGAAGAACUCUCUUUCAACUUCAACAUCAUCAAUCUGUCUAUAAAGAUGAUAAAUAGCCAAUACUGCUAAAAAAAAUUUUUUUCAUCUUUUAUAUAGUGUUUUUCAUAUUCCUUCUGUGCUGUCAUAGUUAUAAACAUCACCGACAUCUAGGUUAUUUAAAUCCUUUCUGUUUCUCCUUUAAUCACUAAACAUGAAAUAUUGGGAUUUUUUCAUUAUAUCUGCUGGUUUUUGCUUUUCAUCAAAUUGUUUCUAUAAAAUCUUUGAAUUCUGAGUUUUAAAUCUUCUCCUGAACCUCUUGGAAUCAACUGGGCUGUUUCACUGUGCUGACAUACUUAAAUAAACAAUAUUAACCUCCACACUGA